AUGUAUGGCGCCUGGCAGCAAGCGGCCUAUGUCCUCUUCAUUGUCUAUAUUGGCGUCGUGAUCAGUGACAUGCUGACCUUCUGCAUAGGCUUGGCCUUGCGGCAAGGCCUCCUGAAACCCCUGAAAGACAAGCUCCUGCCGAAGAACUCAGCUAGCAUCACAAAGGCGGAGCAAAUGAUCACGAAGUGGAGCAACUACAUUGGUGCUGUACAGCGCUUCUCCCUGGGAUUCAGAGGUCCCCUCUGCUUGCUUUCUGGGUUCACAGGCGUUCCAGCGGCCCAAUUUGCUACUGGGGCAUCCAUUGGGGCACUGGGAACGAUGCCGAUCCAGCUGACAAUUGGAUACUUUCUGCGGAAUGCACCAAAUGUCUAUCUUUCGUCCCUGGCCCUGGUGGCCAUUCCAAACAUCAUUGGCAACUAUGUGGGACCGCUCGCGUUUGGGCUUGUCACCGCGGUGCGGAUGAAACAAAGAGGAGGCCGGCAGGGUGACAGCACUGAGGAAGAAGAGAAGCAAACGUAA